AAAAAUGCCCAGUGUUUAAAAUGGUGUCAAAUAAGGAGACUGCGGGUAUCCGCAAGUUUAUUGUACAGCAACUUCGAGAUGAACCAGACUUAAGCACGUUGACGAUAGGAAUAUUAAAAAAGAAAUAUAUGGCCCAUGUGAAAUGUGAUUCAUUAAGUCCUGAAGCAAAAAAAAUCAUGAAAUCAGUGGUGGAAGAAGAACUUGUGAAGAUGCAGAAAAAUGAUAAAAGUGAAAGUGAUUCUGAGAAUGAAAAGCCCAAGAAUAAAAGAAAGAGAGAAAGGGAGCAGAAAAAGGAGGGAAGUGAAGAAGAAAACCCCACAGCAAAAAAAUCACGAUCCCAUCAUUCAAGCUCAUCAUCAGAUUCAGAGGACGACGGAGACUGCAAGCUGGGAAGUUUGAAGCGAAGACAAUCUCAAGCCGAUGAUGGAAAGCAAGAGAUGAAAAAGUCCGCCCCGGAAAGAACUGGCAACACUAAACAUCAGAAUACAAGUGACGAGUCCUCAGAUGAGGAGGUGAAUGAGUCGGAAGAAAGCAGGAACACGAGUAACAGUCCAGAGGAAACUGUAAAAAAGAAAGCAAACACUUUGAAGAAUGAAGAGAAGAGACGCGGCAGCCGAAGUGUUGGGAAGAAAUCGGUAGAGAGUGAUCAGGAGAGCGAUUUGGAUAAGUCAGAAAAAAGUGACAAACUCAAUCACAGUGAAUCUUCUGACAACGAAAAAGCAGAAAAUGUGUUGAUAGAAAAGAAAAACGAGUCGGAUUCAUCAUCCCUGCCUUCUUUGGAGGAAGAGAAUCGGAGUGGGAAAGAAGACGCACGAGAUGAGAAGAAGAAAAAGAAAAGGGUGAAAACGGAUCAGAGCACUCGAGGCCCAAAGGAUGAGGACAAGGCAGUCAUACGACUCAAACGUUACAUUGCUCUCUGCGGUGUGAGGAGGAACUACAAGAAGCUGCUCGAUGGCUGCCGCUCCACUCGCUCCAAAGUAGCCGUUUUAAAAAAGGAGCUUGAAGAUCUUGGUGUCCACGGAAACCCGUCUAUUGAGAAAUGUAAAAAGAUCAGAAUGAAGAGAGAAGAAGACCAGGAAGUGGCCGAGCUUGAUGUCGGCAACAUCAUCACAACAGAAGGACGUCCUAAACGAAGAGGAACCUCAGCAAGGCAGGAACGGGACCCUCCUUCCUCCUCUUAUCAGCGUACUCUGAACUCUGGCUCCGAUAGUGAUAGGGAAAACAAUACAGAUGCAGGACGCAGAAAAAAGUCUGACUGGGCCAACCUGCGAGGGAUUAUCAGCGAUGACGCAGACAGUGACUAA